CUCAGGUUCCAGACAGUGAUGAGCAGUUUGUGCCUGACUUUCAUUCAGAAAACUUAGCUUUUCACAGUCCUCCUGCUCGGAUCAAGAAGGAGCCGCAGAGCCCCUCGGAAGCUUCCCUGUCCUGCAGCCACGAGCAGCCCUUCCAGCCCCACAGCGAGCAGUGCCUUUACACCAGUGCCUACGAUCAACCCAGACGAGUUGGAAUCAAGUCUCCCAGCCCAGGAAUCCUGACACAGUCACCACUCCAACAGUUCCCUAGGCAGGACAGGAGCUUCCCGACCCCUGUGGGGCCACCCCACUCCACACCCAGCUGUGGAUACCUCAGUGAAAACGGCUCUGCCUAUCAGCCACCUGUGGAGAUGUGCCAUUCUUUCCCCUCCUCCCAAGGCAUGGCCCAGGAAGACCCCAUUGCCUACCAGUGCCAGAUGUCCAAGCCCUGCCUCCAGUACCCUCCUCAGGGCUUCAAACAGGAGCGCCACGACCCACGAUACGAGCAGGAAAGCCAGGCAGGCAGCAGCCACCAGUACCCAGCAGCUGUGGUGGUCAAGCAGGAGCAGGUGGACUACAUGUAUGACUCAGAUGUUCCUGACUGUGCUUCCAUGUACCUAAACGCUGAGAGCUAUCCAAGCCAUUCAAACACAGAGGACACACUGGGCUGCAGCUACAACAAGCAGAUGAAGUCCUUUACUGACGAUGUCUGCGUUGUUCCAGAGAAAAUUGAAGGUUGGAGAAAGUUGGGUGUAAGAUAGGGUUACCCAGCAUCUUUGCUAGCCACUUGAGCAGUGCCCACAUAGUUCAUUACACUGUGUUCUCGUGUGUUAGUUGUGGUUUAUACUGAGCUUUUCAGU